CGAAAGAACAUUACGGGGGACCAGAUCAGAAGUGUAAAAAAGUCACAUGACAACAAAUUACUGUUAACAAAUUCAUGGAUUUCCAAAACGAUAUUAAUGCAAUUUGUUUCCUGAGGGGUUUGAAGCAGUAAAUCAGCAUGCCGUCUCUUCGUAAAGUUAAAGAUUUUCUCGGGAACCACAGGAAAUUUUCUUCGAUUCAGAAAAUACUUUUCCUUUUCCUAGGGUUAGGAAUUCUAGCUGCAUUUUCAUGGAAAUUUAUGUUUAGCUUUUUGUGGUAUGUCCUGGUGAUAGUAUCAACGAUCGGUGUUUGUCAGUAUUUAAUAACAUCAAAACACAACCAAACCUUUCUGUUGAACAUAUACUUUUACCUUUGUAAACAUGAAAAGGUUAUAACCAGUUGUUUGAGUUUGAAAGAAAAAAUUCAAGAAAUAUUCACUUUUGAAGUUGUUGAGGGAGAAGUUUUAAAUGACCACAGUGAAAAAAUUCAGGCAGAUGAAAGUGAGCGUUUUUAUGAUGCUAAAGAUUCAUAUUUUCCCAAUGAACAAGAAAAUUACCACUCUAGCAUGCAAUUGUCUGAUCGAAGUGUUGCUUCAUGCACACAAGUUUCGUGGCUUGAGGAGGUUGAAACCAUUGCUGAUUUGAUUCAAAAACAUUUUGUACAUUCAUGGUUAAAGGACUUCGAUCCUCACAUUGAUGUUCUAACAGAAUAUGAUAAAGUAUUGAGAGAUGGCAUAAUAAAUUUUGCAUACAAAUUAAAAAAGGUAGACCCUAGUGAUUUAGUGAAGGAAAUUUGCUUAAAUGGCUGUCACCAUUUACGAACGCUUCAAACAUCUAGAGAUAAAUACAAAAUUCAGCCAAGAAGAAGACUCAGUUCAGGAAGAAGGGACUCUGGAAGUCUUUCUUCAUUAAACCGAAGAUAUGCCUCAGUCGAAGAAGCGUUUGAGAACAUCUCAACCUACCAUAUAGGCAUAUAUGAUGAGAAUGAAAAUAACUAUCUUUUUAGCAUCUGUGAUAUUAUAUUAAAUAAGGCAUUCAGUGGUAUAUUUUUAAAUUCACAAGUGCUAAACUAUAUAUUAUCAGAAAUUUUAACGUGCAAUGUAUUGUUGCCAGUUUUAGACCUUUUAUCGGAACCAGAUUUUAUUUACGAAAAAAUAAUUUUUAUUUUGUCUGAUGAGGCACUCAAUAUGCCUGUAGAUGAAGAAGAUUUUGUUGAGGAAGUGAAUGAAACAUUUCAGAUUGGUGAUAAUCAAUACUUUCAUGAUAGUUCUGAUAACACUUCUAAACAUUUAGGCUUGCGGAAUGAAAACCCACCUGAUACAAUUGAAAAUCAAACUGCCUCUUCAAUCAAUUUUUCUCCUAUAUCACAAAACGGUACGCAUGCUACAGAAAUAAACUGUGAUGAAAAGUUUUUACCUGUUAUUCCAAUGGCCCUCAUAGAGCCAGCUGCAGCCUUCUCAGUGUCUGAUUCUGGUCCACCUUCACCUGUUGAAACAGGCUCUCCAGUACACAAGCUCAAUGAAAUGAAAGCAUCAAAGCCAGAUUUCUUCCUCAGCUGUUCUGAUGACGAUAAACCUGACAUGCCUGAUCAUUAUAUGAAUAGUUUAGAAAUCAUUGAGCCCAAGCCAGCAAUAUUUCUGGAUGUUUGUAUUAUUGAUAGUGAAAUUAGAAAUGAAAGCAGAAGUAAUUCACAGUUUGUGCUAUAUGUAAUGCAGUAUGAUGCUCUAUACUGGGUGGAAGCAGAGAAGGAACCAGUUCUACGUACAAGACAGGCUAAAAGAAGACAUAGGGAAUUUAUUAAUUUACAUUCUAGAUUAGAAGAUAAUACGUUGUACAAAAAAAGUCUGAAAGGAGUGAAAGGUCCAAAGAGAUGGCAAACUCUACCAUUUGGAAAUUUAAACAAGAAAAGUAUUGAAGACAGAAGAAAAAACUUAGAGACUUACUUAAAGUCGUUGAUCCAGAUAGAUGAUAUAUGUAAUGGUCCUGAACUAAAUGAAUUCUUGGCGUAUGAAGGGGAUGGUCAUAUUGCAUUCGUCAGGAAAACACCCGAAAAUAGUAUGCCAAGAUUUGAUAAGAUGAUUGUGAAGACGAUGUCUGGAGUAUUUGAUGAGAUAAUAAAGAUUCCUAGUCGUGUCAACUUUCCAAGUCUGCCUGGUAAAAAGGAGACCAAUAAAGAAGUAGAAAAGAACGAUUGUGAUCUAAUAGCUGUCGACUUUGACCUAAAUACAAAACUUCAAAGCCUAGAAGAAGAACUGCAAGAGUAUAUCAAUAGUUAUGAUUGUCCAUUUUUCACGUCAGACGAUUUACCUCAGAACAAAUUAGAGGAGACAGCAGAUCAAUUAUCAGAAGAAGAUAUAUCUUUAGCAGAAGCUGUUGUGGAUAUUGGGGUACAAACUUUACAAGGGAAGGAUAACUGGGUCUGCAGGGAAAGGGUCAUUAUUGUGAUGAAACGUUUGAUAGGGGUCAUUCUAGACAGAUGGUUAAGGGACCAGAUCACUGAUUUGACAUCAGAACAGAUGUGUGUCAAGUAUCUCCAAUUGUUACGAAGGACCGUGUGGCCUGAUGGAGAAUUGUUUGAGGGUGGCAGACCAGUAAAAACAGACAGACAGAAAGCUGCCACCAAAGAACAAGCUAGAAGAUGUCUGGCUCAGUUUUUUCCAGAUACACUAAGAAGACUAGUUGGAAAAGAAGACUUUGACCAUGGCAUCAAUGAGAUUAUUGAAUCUUUGCAAUAUAAAAAAUUGAACAGGCACUUGAUUUAUACAUUAAUGGACCAAUUGAUGGACAACGUUUAUUCAGAAACCAGUGACAGAAAAAGUUCUACAUAGUUACAGAAAAACCAAAGAAUUAAUUACUUAACAGAAUAAUGCUGUCUCUUUUUUGUUCGAAAUUUAAUUAAGUUUUUUUUUUAAGCAUAUUAAGUCAUAGGCCACAAACAGUAUUGUUGUUCCUUGCCAAUAGGUCAACGUUUUUAAUUAGAGUUAUGGGACUUUGACCAUUGUAUGGAUCUUUGUAACGCAACCACUGUGAAAUCAUAGAUUAUUGUGUGCAUUUAUAAAUGUGCAUGUUUUUUAUUGGACAAAAUGUUAGAUAAACUUUUGUGACUUCAGGCAAAGCUGUCUAUAGAUAUAUGUGCAAGUUUUUGAAACUUAGUUCUUAUUAAUGCAAUACCUACUCAAACGCAUUAUUUUCAUUUAUAAAAACCUCACACUUAAAUCUGAAUUUAUAGUACUCUGAGAACCUAUGUUAGACAGCUUUUCUAAUUCAUAAGGUUGUACAUCUUUAUGUAUUAUUGACCAUAUAUAUCUAAUACCUUCAUUUUCAUUUGGCAGUUUUUACAGAAAAUAUAGAUUUUUGACUUUUUUUUUAUCUUCAACUUCUCAGAGACUGUUUGACUGAAAGCUCUUUACCUUUAUAGGUUUGGUUAUAAUCUUGUGUAGUUGAACAGACAUUACCACCAUUUUAAUUUGACAAUUUUUAUGUAAGUUAUGAGAUUUUAAUCAACUUUGUUUAAUCGUAAUACAGGAACACUCUGAGCGUUCAUUCUAGACAUUUAGUGUUUUAUUGUGAUGACUGAUUUUAAUGGCAGUAUAGCAGUAUAACUUUUGUGAAGUUAAAAGUUAUCAUAUUUUUGUUUUUAUGUUUUAUUUUUAUUGUUAUAAAGAUUUUAUUGAACUCCAUUAACAGGGUCAUAUUGAUGUUUAAAAUAACAUGUGUUCCAAGAUGUAGGGUAUUUGUAACAUUGACUUCAAGAACUUGCAUUAGAUAUUCAGCCAUGUUUUUUUCAUAUUCAGUUAGUUUAUAAGUUAUAACUGUCAGUUUAAAAAAACACCAACAUUAUACAACUUUUAGAAUUUAUUUUUUAAGACAAUUUUGUUCUAGGACCAAUUUAAAAUUUUACCCUUUCAGCACAUUUUUCCAAAUUUCGCAGUAGUAAUGUAGCAA